AUGAACAGUAUUGUUCCUGUGGCAAUAUGUGAUUCCAAAGUUUCUGUGUAAAUUUUUUCUAGAUAUUUACAAAAAAAUAAAUUCAAUUUUCAGAUCGAAUUCAUCACCUUUAUUGAUAAAUCUGAAAAAUGCACCAAUACCGAUUAUAUUUCCUCCAUUUAAAACUAUUCCCAUUGUACGUAUACUUCAAUAAUUUUUACAAAUUCCUCUUUCCAGCCGAUAUGUAUCAAGAUCAAACGUGUAUGUGUUACAUUCAAUAGAAAAUCUUCAUCAUCACUUCAUUAUUUGAAACCAGUAUUAAUUGUUGGUUUUCUUUAUUUUUUAACUGAACUGUUGUGAUGUGAGUAUUAUGAAAAAUAUCUGAUGAAAUAAAUGUUGUUUUGUUUGUAACCUGAAAAAUGACUUUUAUGAGUAUACGAAUCUCAAUAUUUUAUUAUGAAAUAUAUAGUACGGAAAUAAAAAAUAAAAAAUAGGAAAUAGGAAAUAUACAUAUUAUGUUUUACGCACAAGAUUAGACAAAACUGAACCAUUCACAAGGUGAUACAUUAAGAAAACGUUGUUUUAUUGAACUGAAGAGAAAGUUAGCUCCGAUGACAACUCAUUUUUCAAUAGUGUGUGGUUCUGCGCGGGUUUUUCUCUCUUUAUUGCUCUUUGUUUUCAUUCGUUCACUAAAAACUAUGAUUCUGGUUAGUAAGGUCUUUCCUUUCAAAAAAUCAUAAAGAUCAACAUAUUUUUUUCCAGAUGCCCUUUCAUCAGUUUCAGUUGCACUAUUGUUUUCUGUUUACUUGUUUGUGAUGACUAUCCAUCAAACAAAUAUAUGUACUUUUAUCGCAACUUUAAAUAGAUAACAUCUUCACGAAUUCAAAGGUGCCGAACAUUCAGCCAGACAAACCAAUCAUUGUUUUUUUUUGUUGCAAUGACCGCCGACUGCAAAUGAUACUAAUCAACUAUCAAAACUGGAAUUAGUACAAGUUUUUCACACCUUUCCAGUAAGUUUUAUAAAUAUAAAUACAGUUUUCUUGAUCUACCAGUUAGUCUAAUAUAUUUCAUUAUAUUUUCUUCUGAAAAAAAUGUUUCAGACUUUGAAAGGAAAAGUUGCUAUUGUGACUGGAGCUUCAAGAGGUGUUGGAAAGGGUAAUUUUUUUGAAAAAAGAUACAAUUUUUUGUAAAUACUGUUUAUAAUUCAGGAAUUGCUCUUCAAUUAUGUCAAGCAGGUUGCACAGUUUUCAUAACUGGUAGAAGACCAGAAAACUCGGCUUCAUCACAAGUUUCAUUUUUGUCAUCGUUGGAAGAAACGGCGAAAGAAUGUCGGGAUCGAGGUGGCGAGUGUUAUCCAUAUUAUGUCGAUCAUUCGAAAAUGGAUGAAGUUGAACAGUUUUUCAAAGAUGUGGCUGAAAAAACCAACAAUCAACUAGAUAUUCUUGUGAAUAAUGCAUUCUCAGCAGUUUCAGUGAGUUUUUUUUUAACUUGGGUAUUAUUAGGAGGAAGACAGUUUCCACCGAAUCAAGCACUUCUUACUUAUUUUCUCCAGUCAAACUUCUCGUUUUUUUCCAGCAAUGCGGUACUGGAGAUAAUUCCAGAUUCUUUGAACGCGAUCCAAAAUUAUGGGACGACGUAAACAAUGUUGGAUUGCGAAAUCACUAUUACUGUAGUGUAUACGCUGCACGAAUUAUGAUUCAAAACCCAAUUGUUCCUUGUCUUAUUGUCAAUAUUUCAUCUGUUGGUGGAGGUGUUUACUUGUUUAACACUUGUUAUGGAGUUGGAAAAUGUGCAAAAGAUCGGAUGGCACAUGAUAUGGGACACGAAUUGCAAAACACUAAUAUAACUGUGAUUUCACUUUGGCCUGGAGCUGUGAAAACAGAAUUGAUCACAAAUUUGAUUAAAAAUAAGGAUGAGUCUUUUGGAGAAGCGCAAAAUGAAAUGUUUAUGAAUGGUGAAACAACCGAAUAUCCGGGAAAAGCAAUUGUACAUUUGGCAAAAGAUUCAAACAUGAAAAAAUGGAAUUCUGCAACGAUUAUUACGGCUGAUUUGGGAAAUUACUAUGGUUUUCGUGAUAUCGAUGGUAAAUUGAUUAUAUAGUUUUACAAAUUCAUUUAUAUUGGUUAAUUUUAGGUCGAAAACCUGCAAAUUUGCGGCAAGUCAAUGCUAUUCUUGCGCUCCAAGGGUAUACAAAAUUAGCGAAAUGGACACCGAAUUGGUUGAAAUUUACUGGGUGGCAAAUUUCCAUGUGGUUGAAUAAAUUCAAAUAUUGA